UUGUGGCUUCCUGGCCCCCUGCAUCGGACGGCUGUAUUCUCGAUGCACAUCCGAGCAGCCCGGUGGCUUGGGCCAAUGGACGGGGUCGGGGGAGAGUGGAGUUGAGACAGUUUAACUAUUAACCGUACGCCGUCGGUACCACCAUACUUAAGGCGUGAACACCGGCAUCCGCGGCUCAGCCGAGCGCGUAACCAGCGGGGUGGAGGAUACAUGCAGCCAGCUCGCCGGACUCCAGCGGAGCCUCUGCCCGGGUCGUUCGCCGGAGCACGGCCACUAAAAGUGCGUCAUCGCGGAAGUUGAAAAAAGUAACAAGUAAGGAGUAAGAAGUACAGCUAAUCUGCUUUCAAAUUUUAUGGUCCACUCUGUUUGGAGAAGACCCUUUCUGUGGCUGGUAAUUCAAUCCUUGUGCUGCAGACCUUUAAAUAUCUUCAGUGCAAAGACCUUUCCAGCAGCCACGUGGUGUAAGCCCACACAGAGCUCCUUGCAUUGAAUGGAGAACAUACUGGUCCUGCUCCCAAAACACCGACAGGAACACGGGAUUUGCAGACAAACGGAUGCAUGUGCCUUGUUGCAAUUUUUUUCCCCAUAGAGCAAUUUCCAUUUGGCUCUUCAGUAAUAGUCGUCACCCCCUGUCCACAUUUUUAAUGGGAUAAAUGACUUAGACUGAUCAGGAUCAAAACCAGGUCAGGUGAUCCAGUGACUCCUUUAUAACAGUUCGUCUAUAUUUUCUUUUCAAGCCCAUUGUCUUUCAAAGGCUUCCGUAUGGUACUUUGGUCGAAAGAACAAGAGAAAUUGCCCGACAUCAACAUGUCCUCCGGGGCCAUUGAGGUGAAGAAAGAUGGAGGGCCCCUUUCGCCGGCCUUCCUUAACUCCAACUCCACUGUCCACCCGGUGAUCCUCACUCAGGGGCCUGAGGAAGGGAGCCCAGAUACUGGAAGUGAGUUUGAGCUCAAAGAGGUCACAUCUUUCACAGAAAUGGCCAAUGAAACCCCGGAGAAUGAAGAAAGGUUGGAGAUUGUUGCAGUGAUGGACUGUCGGGCUAAUGCCAAAGGCCAGCGUGAGGAGGAUGCGCUCUUGGAGAAUGCAAGCCAGAAUGAGAGCGAUGACACCAGUAAUGACCAGAGCCCUGAACCACCGGCACCCCUCAAAGAAACCUCCUUCUCAAUUGGUCUGCAGGUGGUUUUCCCGUUCCUGCUGGCUGGGUUUGGGACAGCGGCAGCAGGAAUGGUGCUCGACAUUGUUCAGCACUGGACUGUGUUUACGGAGGUCUCAGAGGUGUUCAUCCUUGUUCCCGCACUACUGGGGCUCAAAGGGAACCUGGAGAUGACGCUGGCGUCUAGACUUUCCACAGCGGCUAAUAUUGGUCUGAUGGACACAACCAAGGACAUGUGGAACAUGAUCAUGGGGAACUUGGCUCUCAUCCAGGUCCAAGCCACAGUUGUAGGGUUCCUGGCCUCCAUUGCUGCUGUUAUCUUCGGUUGGAUUCCAGAGGGGCACUUCAGACUGGGCCAUGCAGUGCUGCUUUGUGCCUCCAGUGUAGCCACUGCCUUUAUUGCUUCUCUGCUACUAGGACUGAUCAUGAUUGGUGUGAUUAUUGCGUCUAGGAAAGUUGGCAUCAACCCAGAUAAUGUGGCCACACCUAUUGCUGCUAGCCUAGGAGACCUUAUCACCCUGUCUCUACUGGCCGGCAUCUCAACAGGGCUGUACAAGGAACUCGAUGACAACAACUAUGCCAAUCCUCUGGUAUGUGCGGUGUUUGUGGCAUUAUGUCCAAUAUGGGUGCUGAUAGCCAGGAAGAUCCCAUCUACUCGAGAAGUCCUGUACUCUGGAUGGGAGCCGGUCAUCAUCGCAAUGGCCAUCAGCAGUGUCGGUGGUCUUAUUCUUGACAAGACCGUUACCAACCCAAACUUUGCUGGCAUGGCGGUCUUCACUCCAGUCAUCAAUGGUGUGGGUGGUAACCUGGUUGCAGUUCAGGCUAGUCGAAUCUCCACCUACCUGCACAUGAAUGGGAUACCGAUGGGGGAUCCGAACCCCAUGCCGAGGAACAGGAAGUGUCCCACACCCUGCUCCACUUUCUUCACCUCCACUGUGAACUCCCGUUCUGCGCGUGUGCUCUUCCUCCUGGUGGCCCCGGGUCACCUUGUCUUCCUCUACACCAUCAACUCAUUGAGGGGGGGACACACCACACUAACCCCUGUCUUCAUCACCUUCUACCUGGGAGCUGCACUGCUGCAGGUGAUCAUCCUGCUCUACCUAGCGGACUGGAUGGUCCACUGGAUGUGGGGCAGAGGGAUGGACCCCGACAACUUCUCUAUUCCCUACCUGACUGCUCUUGGUGACCUGCUGGGAACCGGCUUCCUUGCCCUCUGUUUCCAUGUGCGCUUUUUCAUUGGUGACAGAGACUCCAAUUUGGGAAACUGAUUGCAUGCGUCAGCAAAUAGUUCUCUUGCACACAUGGACACUGAUUUUGUAUAACUGGAUGUUUCCUAUGAAAGGGCUAAUCCCUUGUAGGGUUCUGAUUGAAGAUAUAGUGCUCUAGUUUACAAUGAUAACUGGGUGCACUAUAGUCUGUUUUAAUGUGGAAAUAUUGGAAACUAUUUGUAUCUUAUUCAGCCCCACAGAUUGUCUUUGUUGAUAACAGAGUCCCCUGUCUCUGUUAUUAUUGUACGAUUGUAAAUGAUUAUUAUUAUCAGUAAAUAAUCCAUUUGAUGUAAAUUUAUAUCAAUUCUAUUUUGAAAGGCUAUUUCUCAUUAUUUUAAAUGGGGAAACUGGCCAAGAAAUCAGUUUUUACGUGAUCAACUUGCAACAAAUCCAAGAAAAUAAGCAAAAAAUAAACCCUAACAAGCCUAUAGUAUGUUACUUAAUCACCAAGUGCUUUGUCUAGAAAUUCUAUGAUAUUGAAAUGCAAAUGUAUCAGAGUGCUUUAGAAGAGUGCAUAUGGCUACAUAGAGCAAGCUGUAGCUCUGUUUUACCUUCAUCUAAUGACAGCAGACUGGUGCGCUUUCAGCAUGAGAUGGAACCAGAAAUGUAGCAAUUGAAAGCUCCUUCCACAACACAAGAAAUCGUGGUUUAAUUCUGGUUUAUAAGAAAUGGAAGGUCAGUCCAUAGGAUCACACUCAGUAACAAUGUUUGAGCCUGUUCAUUGGCUGUCCUCAAAACAGCAUGUCCCUCAACCCUCCUUGUCCUGACGUUGCAAAACUUCCUGUUUCUGACUAAAUGCGCAAAACAAAUUAUGAAUAUAGAGCUUGAUUCCGAUUAGUCUGUGAUGUAAGGACAACGCACUGAAAUGACAAAGUAUUGUACAAAGAUACCGGCAGCCAUUAGGGUCCUGUACCGCUUGCAAAACAAUCUGCCAAUUCUGUACUAAAGCAGACUUUAGUUUUGUUAUGUUAUGCAAGUCCAACCUUGAGCCAUAAACAAGAGGCUUAAGAAACCUGCAGAGUUUAGCUCACUUAACAUUAGUGUGCACUUUGUAUUUUGGGUCCCCGCAGACUGUAAGAAGUGUCAUUUGUAAGAGCUGCCUUCUGUAUUACUGGGACCUGGAACCAUUAGAUUAAACAGCACCAAAGACUCACCCUCAGUCCUCAUUGAGCUGAUUUGAAAUCACUGGUUCCAGGAAGUUCACACAGAACCACACAAAAAAUUUAUGUUGAUUUCAACUAUAAUAUUUAAUUGAAGUUUUAUAUCCUGCUUUUUUUUUUUUGUCACAGAGCAUUCUUUAAAAAUGUUGUAGUACAUGAAGUCAGGAGGUUUUUUUCAAGAAUAGCACAGGAUGGUUGCAAAGCAUUUCAAUGAAGUCAGUUAUUUUGUAAUUCGUCUAACUGUUAAUAUUUUUCUUUGUCCUCUGGUUACGCAAAAUGACAAGAAAACAAAGUCUCAUUGAGAUUUUCUCAAGCUCCAAAAAAUAACUGCAGUGCUUAUGUGUGAAGAAUAAAGUGGUGCAACAACUGUUGUAUUGCCACACACAGUGUGUAGGCAAAGAUGUUUAGGAGCUUGGAUUUGGUGAAUCACUUAAAGUUAAAUGGUGGUGUCAUUAAAUAUUUAAUUGGUUGCGUACAAUAUCACCACAAAUUCCUGUGUAACUUCGUUUAUGACACACAACUGCAUACUAACUCCCCUUUGCCAUGAAGUGGGAUACUCAAGGAUUCCAUCCAUCUCAUGACUUCAUGUAAAUCCUGACCCAUAACUGGAACAUUUGGAGUAAAAAAAAUAAAAUAAUAAUAAUCAAACUGAACCAAAAUCUUCCCGACAAACACAUGCCCAAUAACUGCCCCUACUUUUCAUCUCACUGUUUUUGUAACAGUGAGUAUAAGGCAAAUGAAGGAUGAAAUGCAAUUUCUUUAUGAGAAAGUAAAGAGCUAUUUUGACCAAUUGAAAUAAGUCCAAAUAUGCGGUGUCUUCGAGAAACCUUGCAUGAGAUUUUUGAAUUAUUUGCCACUUGUCGGACUUCUGUGUUAUCGCAAAGGGGCCAGAAGAAUAAAUGUGCAGCGCACAUCCUAUGAAUGUGAAAAUAUACCUAGUAUGUAUAGAGAGAUAUCAUCUGUCAAUCUUUUAUUUGGGUUUUGACUGGUUUUCUGGAGAACGUUUUAGUUAUGUUAAAAUUCAGAUUUCCCCCCCCCCCCCCCCCUUCCUUUACCUAAUCGUUUCAACACUUGGUGAUUUCUGUCACGAAAAGAAACCUGUAAAGAAGCAACUUCUCAAAGCUGGGCCACGACGCAAACUACUGUAAUUUGCUAAACUGACACUAGAGAGCGCUAGAGAGAUUAUUUGUUGUCUUCUUUUUUUGUUUUGUUUAUCUUUGUUCAAAACCACCUUGGGAGUCGUAUUAUUGUUAUUUUUAAGGUUUUUAUUGCUUUUUUCUUUGUUAAAAGUCAUAUCCAUAUAUCUGUUAACUCAUUUCUCUUUUUCCUCGACCUCCUUACUGACCAGGUGCCAGCCUUCUGCUCUAAAUUAAUGGAAAGUUGUGAAUACUUCUAUAAGAGCGCAGAUAAUGGUUUAUUUAUUUUUAGAAACACACAAAGCAAUUUGUACAUACAAUAUUUAUUCUAUAUAUAAGGUUGUUUAUUGUGUCCAUUC